ACUAAAAAGGCCAUGAAUGUGAUUCUCAGUGACCUGCGGAUCAACGACUACUUCAACAUCAUCUCCUUUUCUGACACGGUUAGUGUCUGGAAAGCUGGAGGCUCAAUCCAGGCCACUAUCCAGAAUGUCCACAUGCUGGGUUGCAUGGAAGCUGAUGGUUGGACUGACAUCAAUGCAGCUUUGCUGGCAGCUGCUUCAGUGCUGAACCAUAGCAACCAGGAGCCUGGGAGGGUCUCCAGUGAGGGGAGGAUCCCUCUUAUCAUCUUUCUGACAGAUGGGGAGCCCACAGCCAGCAUGACCACCCCCAGUGUGAUCCUCUCCCAUGUCCGUCAGGUGCUGGGCCACAGGGCAUCCCUUUUCAGUUUGGCCUUUGGAGAUGAUGCUGACUUCCUACUGUUGCAUCGUCUGUCCCUGGAGAACCGGGAAGCAGCCCAGUGCAUAGAGGACACCAAUGCAGCCCUACAGCUGGGAGGCCUCUGUGAGGAGAUCUCCAUGCCUCUGCUGGCAGACAUGCAUCUGGACUACCUGGGCAGCUUGGUUGGGGCCUCCCCUUGGGCCCUUUUUCCCAACUACUUUGGUGUCUCAGAACUAGUUGUGCCAGGCUAGGUGAAGCCAGGCAAGCAGGAGCUGGGAGUCCACCUGGCAGCCCGUGGCCCCAAGGGUCAGCUUCUUGUGGCUCAUCACAGUGAAGGGGACACCAACAGCAGCCAGAAGGCCUUUGGUUGCCCAUGAGAGCCAGUCCAUAAUGUGGCCCACUUCAUCCACCACCUCUGGGGCUAUGUCACCAUUGGAGAGUGGCUGGAAGCACACUUCCAAGCCUGUGACACCACCACUCGCCACCUGCUGGCUGCCAAAGUCCUCAACCUGUCCCUUGAAUACAACUUUGGCACACCUUUGACUUCACUGGUCAUGGUGCAGCCCAAGGAGGCCAGUGAGGAGGCCAAGAGACAGACCUCCACCACAGCUGGACCGCGCACCAUCAUGCCCUCAUCCAGCAGCAGGCAUGGCUUAGGGGCAGGUGUAGCCCAGCCAGCCCUGGUGCCCAAGGUCUCCCCCAGAUCAAGGCCUGCAAAACCAAAGUUCUACUUAUCCUCAAUUACUACUGCAUCUACAAAGAAGAUGCCCAAUUCCAAGGAACAGGUCGGGGCUCUAUCAACCCCAAAGCCCCAAACUCCAGCACAACAGGAUUCUGGCACUUUGGCCCAGCCAACUCUCAAGACAAAACCUGCUGCCCUUGUGCCCUCAAAUUCUGGUGCUCUAUUGCCUCCAAAUCCCAGCACUCUAUCACACCAGAAUCUAUUACCUAUGAAUGCCAAGAUGUAAAUACUACCACUGAAUCCUAGCACCCUACCAGCCCAGCCAAAAGCUGGCACUAUGAAACAUGUUACUCUACUGCAUUCCAAACCCGGUGCUCCAUCACAACCUAAACUGAAGGCCUCAUCACACCCUCAACCCAGGGUACACACAUCACAGUCACCCAAAAGCUUGCCACAGCCCAGACCUAGAGUCUCCACAGGACAGAUCCCCAAACACCCAACACACACCAGUCCUAGGGUUCCUGAUCCCAAGAUCCCAAACAACAUGCCACACCUCAGACCUGGGGCUCUCUUACCCAGGACCCCUAAAAUCCCAUCAUCUCUUAAACCUAGUAUCCAACCUCACCAAACUUCCACACUCUUAUCACAUUCCAAGCCUGGGACCUUAAUCUCCCAUACACCCAAAACCCCACUACCCCCUAGACCUGCAAGACCCAGGCCUCCACCUCCUCAGAGCCUAAGCACAUUCCCAAACACAGUCUCAAGUCCCACAGGUCCCAGCAGUACCAUGAUCACCUCUGACCUUGGGGAACCCCUCCAAACUCCCUUUACUCUCACCCUGCCCUCUCUGCUACCCACUGGAAGGUUCUGGUAUCUGCAAGACCUGCUGCUGGGACCCCAGAGCACCAGGCAAGUUCUGGGACCAUCUGUGCCAGGAGUCCCAACGAUGGGCCUACCCAACAGCUCCAGGCCUAUGGCAGAAGGCAGCCCUCCAAACCUGCCAAUCUUGCUGCCUUCUAGCACCCUCCUUGAGGCCAUCAGUCUGCUCCUUCUCCCUGAGGAGCUUGAGCUGCUGUCUGAGUUAAUGGUGGAGUACAAGUUCAUGGAGUCCUUGAACCCACCAGCUUUCUAUACCUUCCUCACUCCUGACAAAGAUGGAAGUCUACAUUGGGAUGGCGAUUCUGAGGAGAUCCUGGGAAGAGCUGGAGGCAGCAUGGCAUCUCAGGGAAGUUCUGUGAGGCUAGCAAAAGGCAUGUUGCCAAGCAUCUUUGCAUUCUCAUCCUCAGUGGAUAGUGACCUCCACUUUGUGAUCUGCAUCCCAAGAUCAGACGAGAGGAUCUUCUUUACACUGGAUGGGUGCCCAGGGGACCUGCUGCAGGCCCACACUCCUCUCCCUCCAGAGCUGCAUGUGAGUGGGCGGCUGUUUGGGGCACCACCAAGACCAGGCCACGAAGACCAGAUGCACACCUACUUUCAGAUCAUCACAAUCACUGCAGACAGACCCUGGGCCUACACCAUCAUCAGCUGUAGUUCCAUAUCUGUGUGAGGUGAGUGUACCUUGUGCCUGUCCUGGGACCAGCCUGCCCUGCUGAAGAGACCCCAGCUGGAGCUCCAUGUGGUUGAUUCACCCUGCCUCACCCUCUGCCUUGGGCCCCACCUUGAAUUACUAGUCCUCUGGCAGUGCUACAGGCACCCCAGAACCCUGCAACUAUCUCACCUGGGGUUCCACAUGGCCAGUGGCUUGGGCCUCAGCCCCUCAGCCCAUGGCCUGAUGGGUAAGUAUUUUGGGGGCUGA